GCGCGCGUGGUAUACGUAUCACGGACUUCUACGAGCUACGAGAGUUGCAUCAUUACACGUGAAGCUUGUGAGGCUGGGCGCACCACGUUUCCCUUUUCGCUAAAAUUUCAAGAGGAAGAUCAAAAUGUUGACCGCAGCAAGAUUAUUGAACCGUAGCUGCACCGGCGUUGCCUGCGAUCUGGCCAGGAAACAACAAUUCAGCACAAUUUUGAAAAAUGUUGCCGCUCCAACUAUUACUGUACCACACCGUUUUACCGAUAUGCAACAGUAUCGGUCUAAAUCUGAAGGUGUAAAAGGUGCAGUUAUUGGUAUAGAUCUUGGAACUACUUUUUCCUGCGUAGCAGUGAUGGAGGGCAAGCAAGCUAAGGUUAUAGAAAAUACUGAAGGCUCGAGAACAACUCCAUCCUAUGUUGCAUUUACAAAAGAUGAUGAACGUUUAGUUGGCAUGCCUGCAAAACGUCAAGCAGUCACAAAUUCUUCAAAUACAUUUUAUGCAACAAAACGGUUAAUUGGACGAAAAUUUGAUGACCCUGAAGUGAAAAAAGAUAUGAAGAGUGUAACAUACAAAAUUGUAAAAGCAUCUAAUGGAGAUGCAUGGGUUCAAGGUGCUGAUGGAAAAAUGUAUUCUCCAAGCCAAAUUGGAGCAUUUGUACUAGGGAAAAUGAAGGAAACCGCAGCAGCUUAUUUAAACACGUCUGUAAAAAAUGCUGUUAUUACUGUGCCAGCGUAUUUUAAUGAUUCACAACGACAAGCAACAAAGGAUGCUGGGCAAAUCGCUGGAUUAAAUGUCCUUCGUGUAAUUAACGAGCCAACCGCAGCUGCACUUGCAUAUGGCAUGGAUAAACAAGAAGAUAAAAUUAUUGCUGUUUAUGACUUAGGUGGAGGUACUUUUGAUAUCUCGAUUUUAGAAAUUCAGAAAGGUGUCUUCGAAGUAAAAUCCACAAAUGGAGAUACAUUUUUAGGCGGAGAAGAUUUUGACAAUGCAUUAGUUAAUUACCUUGUAUCGGAAUUCAAAAAAGAGCAAGGUAUAGACGUAACUAAAGAUGCAAUGGCAAUGCAAAGAUUGAAAGAAGCUUCGGAAAAGGCUAAAAUAGAGUUAUCAAGCUCCCUUCAAACGGAUAUAAACCUUCCCUAUCUUACUAUGGACUCUAGUGGACCAAAGCAUUUAAAUCUUAAGUUAUCGAGGAGUAAAUUCGAAAGUCUCGUGACUGAUUUAAUUAAGCGUACUAUUCAACCUUGUCAAAAAGCACUUUCUGAUGCCGAAGUUACGAAAUCGGAUAUUGGAGAAGUUUUAAUUGUUGGUGGUAUGACGAGGGUACCUAAAGUACAACAAACGGUUCAAGAAAUAUUUGGCCGACAACCAUCAAAAGCUGUAAAUCCUGAUGAAGCUGUAGCUGUCGGCGCUGCAGUUCAAGGAGGUGUACUUGCAGGAGAUGUGACAGAUGUUUUGCUUCUUGAUGUCACACCUCUGUCAUUAGGUAUUGAAACACUUGGCGGCGUGUUCACAAGAUUAAUUUCUCGUAAUACAACAAUACCCACGAAAAAAAGCCAAGUAUUUUCUACGGCAGCGGAUGGUCAAACGCAAGUCGAGAUUAAAGUUCAUCAAGGCGAACGAGAAAUGGCUUCUGAUAACAAACUCCUAGGACAGUUUACUCUUGUUGGUAUUCCGCCUGCACCAAGAGGUGUGCCGCAAAUAGAAGUAACGUUUGAUAUCGAUGCAAACGGAAUAGUGCACGUGUCAGCCAAGGAUAAGGGAACUGGCAAAGAACAACAAAUUGUUAUUCAAUCUAGUGGUGGCCUUAGCAAAGAUGAAAUUGAAAACAUGGUUAAGAAAGCUGAACAAUACGCGCAGGCUGAUAAAGUUAAGAAGGAAAGAGUUGAAGCAUUUAAUCAAGCAGAGGGAAUUAUACACGACACAGAAGCGAAGUUAGAAGAAUUUAAAGCGCAGUUGCCACAAGAAGAGUGCGACAAACUCAAAGAAUUAGUUGCAAAACUGCGAGAAACUUUGGCUAAAAAAGAUGAUAUGGAUCCUGAAGAAAUAAAGAAACAAACGAACGAACUCCAACAAGCGAGCUUGAAAUUGUUUGAAAUGGCGUACAAAAAGAUGGCAGCAGAAAGAGAAAGUCAAAAUCAAUCACAGCAGGAACCUGAGGGUGAAAAGAAGGAGGAGAAAAAUUAAUUUUAUUUAGAUAACUCGCGUUCUAUAAAGAAGAUAAACAAAUUCACAUUCGCAUACAUUUGUAUUAGCAUCUGUUCCAUAAGCGCAAAGGAACCAUUUAUUUUAGUUGAAAAAAGAAACUAAAUUUCGAUAUUCUGCGCGAUAGUAACAGAUUAGAAAUAAAGUAUUCAACAUGAAAAAAAAAAACGAUUUUCUUUGUCAUAUUUAGAGAUUGUAUAAUAAAUUUUGUGGUAUUUCUAUAAAUAUUAUUCUAUAAGUAGCAUUUUUGCAUCCUAAAUGUCAUACGAAAUUAUCUUCCGUUUCUCUGUGAGAUUCAGAAAAUAACACAAUUACAGUAAGUUUUGUUAAGUUUGUUAAAAAGGAAUAACUGUAUAUUAUAUAUCUGUAGUAGUAAUGGCCAAUUUUUAAAAGUUUUGGCCAGUCAGUUUUCACAUAAAGUACAUAUUAUGUACAUAGUUGAACACUAGUAUAAUGUAACUUUAAUGCAAAAUAAUCAUUUUUCGUGCAGCCUAUGAAACAUCUGCAGAAUGUCAAGAUACUGUUAUAACAAUUAUUGUAAAAUAAUUUAUACCAAAAAAUAAUAUGGAAUGAUUUGUUAACAAACUACUGUAGAAUGCUUCAUUCAGCACGUUCAGUAAAUAAGUGUGAAAUGAAAAUAUAGAAUUGAGAGAGUGAGAUGAGUGUUCCUGUGCAAAACAAAUGUACUUUGUAAACAGUACACAAUACAUAGAUUAUCAUAAAGAAUGUUGUUAUAAAUAAUACGAUGUAAUCACUUA